AUGGCGACGACUCGCACCCGCCCGGCGGCUUCUAGCGAAAGAGGCCUGCACGCCGACACGCUCGACAAGUACGACGAUCUGAACGAACCCAUCCCCACCGAGGAACAGGAAUCCCUCCUGCGCGAGCUCAAGACGAAGAACGAUGCGUCCAACUACAUCUACCGCUUCGCCAUCCUGCUCAUGAUCGUCCUGGUCUUUGUAUUGUACCUCACGCCGAUCCCAUCGUACAUCGACGGCACGCAUCCGGAGAACCACCUGACGCUGUUCCACCACGGCAUGCACGUCGUAGGCACCGAGGACCAUCUCACCUACCUCCCUGCCUUCCCGAUCUACCUCAUCUUCUUUGGCUUCCAGGGGUAUCUACUCUACCUCUCCGCCAUCGAACUGCUCAGCUUGAUGGGUCACGAUCAAGCCGUUGGAAUCUUGACAAGGCGCAAUCCCGCCCACUACCGAGCCCACCCCUUCGGCACCGCCCCCUCCUACCUCGUCUCCAUCCUCUCCGACAUCCGGUACAGCACAGGAAACAAACCAAACCUGCACGAACGAGCCGAUCAACCCGCCACCAUCGGCGGCCAAUCCAAAGCGCUUUACGAUAGCCUCAGCAACCCACGCCUGUUGUACCUCUGGGCCCUCUUCGUGGCUGGCUGGCCCCUGCCUUUGCUCAUUUUUGGUGCGGGCAACUUUGGUAAUGCCGGUUGGUUCGCUGUUACCCCUGUGGUGGUGGGCGUGCUGUUGAUGAGCGAAACCAUGAUCAGGAGAAGCGAGAACGCUUUGCUUGGAUUGGACGGGAUGAAGUACGAUCACAAGAGCGCAUAA